GCGGCGGCGGUGGCAGCGGCCCUGAAGAGCCCCGCGGGGAGAGCGGGCGGCGGGGCUUGGUUGCGGGGUUUUGGCGUGGGGCCGGGCGGUCGCGAUCGUGCGCCACGAUGCCGGCGGUAUCGAAAGGCGAUGGGAUGCGGGGCCUGGCGGUCUUCAUCUCCGACAUCCGCAACUGCAAAAGUAAAGAAGCAGAGAUAAAGAGGAUAAACAAAGAACUGGCCAACAUUCGCUCAAAAUUUAAAGGUGACAAGGCUCUGGAUGGGUACAGCAAGAAAAAAUAUGUCUGCAAGUUGCUUUUCAUCUUUCUCCUGGGGCACGAUAUUGACUUUGGUCACAUGGAGGCUGUGAACUUGCUCAGUUCCAACAGAUACACAGAGAAACAAAUUGGCUAUCUCUUCAUCUCUGUCCUGGUGAACUCUAACAGUGAGCUGAUCCGUUUGAUAAACAACGCCAUCAAGAAUGACCUGGCCAGCAGGAACCCCACCUUCAUGGGGCUUGCUCUGCACUGCAUUGCUAAUGUGGGGAGCAGAGAGAUGGCUGAAGCAUUUGCUGGAGAAAUCCCCAAAAUACUUGUAGCUGGUGAUACUAUGGACAGUGUGAAGCAGAGUGCUGCCUUGUGCUUGCUGCGUUUAUAUAGAACUUCUCCUGACCUUGUCCCCAUGGGAGACUGGACAUCUAGAGUGGUGCAUCUCCUCAAUGACCAGCACUUGGGUGUGGUUACUGCAGCUACAAGCCUGAUCACCACUUUGGCACAGAAGAACCCAGAAGAGUUUAAAACUUCAGUCUCCUUGGCUGUGUCUAGACUAAGCAGAAUCGUAACUUCAGCAUCAACAGAUCUUCAGGACUAUACAUACUACUUUGUUCCUGCUCCUUGGUUGUCUGUGAAGCUUCUGAGACUGUUACAGUGCUAUCCACCUCCAGAAGACCCUGCGGUACGUGGCCGUCUCACAGAAUGCCUGGAAACUAUUCUGAACAAAGCACAGGAGCCACCAAAGUCAAAAAAAGUGCAACACUCAAAUGCAAAGAAUGCUGUGCUGUUUGAAGCAAUAAGCUUAAUUAUACAUCAUGACAGUGAGCCAAACCUCCUAGUCCGUGCCUGUAACCAGCUAGGUCAGUUCUUGCAGCACCGAGAAACUAAUUUGCGUUACCUGGCACUGGAAAGCAUGUGCACGCUUGCCAGCUCUGAGUUCUCACACGAGGCUGUGAAAACACACAUAGAAACAGUUAUCAAUGCCUUGAAGACUGAGAGGGACGUGAGUGUGAGGCAGAGAGCUGUGGAUCUCCUGUAUGCCAUGUGUGACAGAAGCAAUGCCCAGCAGAUUGUGGCUGAAAUGCUGAAUUACUUGGAGACUGCUGAUUAUUCCAUUAGAGAAGAAAUUGUUCUGAAGGUUGCAAUUUUAGCUGAGAAGUAUGCAGUUGAUUACACCUGGUAUGUGGACACAAUCCUGAAUCUGAUUCGCAUUGCUGGUGACUACGUCAGUGAAGAGGUGUGGUACAGAGUUAUCCAGAUUGUCAUCAACAGGGAUGAUGUCCAGGGGUAUGCAGCAAAGACUGUUUUUGAGGCCCUUCAAGCUCCAGCAUGCCAUGAGAAUCUUGUAAAAGUAGGUGGCUACAUCUUGGGAGAAUUUGGAAAUCUGAUAGCAGGUGAUCCAAGAUCCAGUCCCCUCAUCCAGUUCAACUUGCUACAUUCCAAGUUUCAUCUAUGUAGUGUUCCUACCCGAGCUCUGCUUCUUUCCACCUACAUCAAGUUUGUGAACCUGUUUCCAGAAAUCAAAACCACAAUUCAGGAUGUCCUGCGCAGCGACAGUCAGCUCAAGAACGCUGAUGUUGAGCUGCAACAGAGAGCUGUUGAGUAUCUGAGGCUCAGUACCAUUGCCAGCACUGAUAUAUUGGCUACAGUGCUGGAAGAAAUGCCUCCCUUUCCAGAGAGGGAAUCUUCUAUUUUGGCUAAACUGAAGAAGAAGAAAGGUCCAGGCACAGUUACUGACCUGGAAGAGAUAAAGAAGGAGAGGUGCUCUGAUGUGAAUGGAAGUGCUGAGCCCCCCUCCCUCGAUCGCAGCAGAGUUUCCACUCCUUCUCCCUCUGCGGAUCUGCUGGGGCUGGGUGCUGCCCCUCUGCCCAACGCAGCUCCCCCACAACCCUUCAGUGACAGCCUCCUGGUGGAUGUCUUCACUGAGUCAGCUUCAGCUGUUGCACCACUUGCUCCUGGGUCUGAUGACAACUUUGCAAGGUUUGUGUGUAAAAACAAUGGAGUCUUAUUUGAAAACCAGUUGCUGCAAAUUGGAUUGAAAUCUGAAUUCCGACAGAAUCUGGGACGCAUGUUCAUAUUCUAUGGUAACAAGACUUCAACACAGUUCUUGAAUUUCACUCCAACAGUGAUCUGCUCAGAUGACCUACAGUCAAGCCUGAAUCUUCAGACAAAACCUGUGGACCCCACAGUGGAUGGAGGGGCCCAGGUUCAGCAGGUUGUGAACAUUGAAUGUGUGUCAGACUUUAUGGAAGCUCCAAUCCUGAACAUUCAAUUCAGGUAUGGUGGGACAUUUCAAAACCUUUCUGUCAAGUUACCCAUCACAUUGAAUAAAUUUUUCCAGCCAACAGAGAUGUCUUCUCAAGACUUUUUCCAGCGUUGGAAGCAACUGAGCAAUCCCAAACAAGAAGUGCAGAACAUCUUCAAAGCAAAACACCCAAUGGAUGCAGAGAUCACAAAAGCCAAGAUAAUUGGCUUUGGAUCAGCCCUGCUUGAGGAGGUAGAUCCCAAUCCUGCUAACUUUGUUGGUGCUGGUAUCAUACACACAAAAACUACUCAGAUCGGAUGCUUGCUGCGCCUCGAACCCAACCUGCAGGCACAGAUGUAUAGGCUCACACUACGAACAAGUAAAGAAGCUGUAUCUCAGAGAUUAUGUGAAUUGCUGUCAGAACAGUUUUAAUAUUAACCAUGUCAGUUUUGGUUUGUCCAUUUAUAUCACUGUCAUUAUACUGCAAAUAAAUGUCUUGUACAUCACUGUCUGAGUAAUGCAAUGUUAACCAGUAUCAGCUCCCUGCCUUAAUAGACUUGACCCUUGUUUGAAAUUAAGAUUAUAAAAUGUACAGUACAGGGAAGUGACUUUUUACAUUAAAAAUGGCUUUUAGUGUGUUACACAAAGGGUGUGAGGGCUGUCUUGUGCUUCCCCCUCUCCCCCCCCUUUUUUUUUUUCAUUUUUUUCCCAGAGGUCAAACUUUUAAACUUGUUAAAGGGAAAUUGACUUGGUAUAGCAGAGGAUUUCAACUGGAAAUGGCUGGUAACAUUCUGCCUUAGUGCCUAUAACAGGUGCUCCCUCUGUUCUCAACUGAAAGAAACCAAUGUAAUGUUGCUCUAGAAGGUUAAUUUCAAUGUUAAUGUAGAGUCCAAACGUGGUAGAGUUGAGCAUUGUGACAACUCUUGUGCUGGAUGGAAGGGCAGAUUCCAGGAUGGGUUUGAAUCUGAUUCAAGUGAACGUUUCUGUUGAGUGUCACCAAUCUUUGCAUUUGAAAAAUGCAACAGGACCAGAGUCUUAAAGUAGUGAGCUUGUAAUCCUUUACAUCUUUGUGUUUUCUGAUCUUUGGACAGUGGGCUGUACACAAAAGAUAUUCUCAGUCCCUCUGCUUCUCACAAAUAGUAAGGUGACCUUCUCUGGUAGGUGGUGAGUGAGUACAUGCUUGUCCAUUGUUAGUGAAACUGAGGUGAAAUAUUCUGUUGUGUGUUUUUUCUGUUUCCUGUCAAUAGUCCUCAUGAUGUGACCCAACUUACUGCAGAGCCUGGUAUUGUAUAAAAGGAGAUGUGGGAAGAAAUGGGCCCUUGAAGGGCUGGAAGCCAUGCACUCUGUUAGAUGAAAAUGGCAUUUUAAACAAUGUUUUGUCUCCCAGAGUACAGCAAUGCUAAAACUGAAGAGGGUGAGCAGCUGCCUAUCAGUAGUGGUAGAAGUGCCCAACGUGGUGUAGGACACUGUGUUGAGGCUGAGUAGAGGGCCCCAGAAUGCUCAGCUUUUGUAGCAGAUUUUCCAGCCAGAGCCUUUGUAACUUGUCCAUCAGCAGCCUCCUUGCAGAACUAAACACAACUUCACACAACUUCAGCUCUCACACUGAAAACCUUGAGAUGCAGCACAGGCUGAGGUAGUGCAGUCAGCAGCAAGUGCUACAGGGGACAGAGAAAUGACCUCUGCUGUGUGAGAACUGCACCCUCAGGUCAGGAUUUCCUCAAGGUUAUGUAAAGCAAGGCUGCCUGGAGCUCACAGCACAUCCAGCAGUGUGCCCAUCAAAUGAAGUUUUGGAGUGACAGUGGUGACACUGGAAAGAGACUUAAGUGAGGCUCUUGUCAUGGUCUGCAGCAGGGGACAGGGGUUUAGGUGGGGCAGUGUGCCUUGCAUUUUUUCUUCAGUGUUUUGAGUUAAAUGAUGGAUUUGGGUGACUGUAAUUGGGCUUGGUAGCAAGUCAGUGAUUGUGCUUGAGCUCAAGUGAAGAAUGAGGAACAAAGGUUUGGCUGGGGUCUGGAUUUGAGGAGAGAGUUUUGUUUUGUUUUUUCCUGAAAUGGCUGCUAACUGUGGAUGGUGUGACUGAAAACUUGGCUCUAGAUCUGGUCUCUCUGCAAAAGUUCUCUUGAAAAGUUGGCCAUUUGUGGCCUUUUGAGUAGUUAAUCAUGACUCUCUGAUGACAAACAUUGUGUUUGAGGAUGUUCCUGAGCAGUUCUGCAGCCAGGCUGGGCAGUUGUCAGGAUACUCAUGAACUCCCUGGUGUUUUGUGCUUUACAGGCUGCAGGGUGCUGGGUGGAUGGAGUCUUAGCAAGGACAGGGGAGGAGCUUCUAUUGCAGUUUUUUUUUCAAAUCCUCUUGUCUAGCUGUCCCCCUGGAAAUGUUCUGUGCCCUCAGGACACCUUGAGACACUGCUCUACUUUAGUUCACUUUGCUUUGGUUUAGGCUGUGCUAAAAUAUGCAUUAAAAAUGUGGGAAGGAGGGGAGUGAGGGCAAGUGUCUUUUCAGUGGUAACUGUAUUAAGCUUCUGACCAUUGAUGCUUUGUAUUAAAUGUCAGCUCAAUGAAACCACGAGCAGAAAAGUGAACAAGUUAAGGACAAAUACUUGAUUAUUUUCUUGUGAAUGAUGGUUCAUUUACCAAAGUGAUGUAUCCUGUCAAGCAGACAAAGUAAUUUCUGCAGUAAACAGUGUUAUUGUUUUUAAGUACAGUAUUUUCAGGCAUUGACAUGUGAAAAUAACUGAAUAGCAAACUAGGUAGCAAAUGUUCAUUCUUGACCUACACUCCAGUAUGUAACAUGGUGAUUGUCUUAUUUGUAUAAAACAAAGUUCUGUCAAAUUAAGUGCAUAAUUUUCAUAUAGAAGACUAUAUAUUAGACUAUAUUCAUCAGAAGGAUGUAUUAAGAUUAAAUAAAAGAUUAGAACAGUAA